UACUCUCACAUUUUCCUUCCUGCCUUAACGACACCAAAUGCAGCCGCAGCGGAUCCAACAGCAGAGAGUAGCCCUUUCGCGCGAAGAUGACUGGACCGGUGUGUCCAAUCCAGUGACACGGCGCAGAGUGCAGAAUCGCCUCAACCAGAGAGCCUAUCGGUCACGUCAACGAAAAGGUGGCAAAACGUCAAAAGAGACAUCAGAGAAUGACGGCAGCCAUCCACUAUCGAGCUCCCCCAGUCACGACAACCCGCGCUCACAGUCGGGUACGAUUACAUGUAGACUAUCACAGGCGGAGCAUCUCCACUGCACAUUUGCGCCUCCCAAUGUACACGAGCUGAUGGCCAACUUUGAAAGUGGUGCUUUGCAUAGUUACCUUAGCGGUUCGCCACAGACCGACAAUCUCAUUAGUCUAAGCAGAAUCAACGUCCUCCGGGCAGCGUACCAGAACGCUAUCGUUUUAGGUAUGACCGCCGAAUGGAUGUGUCGGGAUGAUACAGUUUCUAUACUCUGCGCCGAAGGUCCCCAUGUCACCCGGACCCAAGGCAAUAUUCCCCCCAGUUUACUCCCAACUGCCUUGCAGCGUGAAACCCCCCAUCAUCCGUGGCUCGAUGUCUUCCCAUUCCCGCGCAUGCGGGACAAUCUCAUCAAAGCGGGCGAUCAUCUUGAUGAUGAUGAACUGUGUCAUGAUUUAACGGCUUUCUGGGAUACACGCAGCAGCAAUGCCACGCUGCUCGUGUGGGGAGAGCCCUGGGAUCCGCAAAGCUGGGAGGUUACUGAAGACUUUGCUAAGAAGUGGGGUACCUUUCUUCAAGGCUGCCCUGAAAUUCUGCGGUCGACGAAUGCUUGGAGAUCCAGGAGGGGAGAUAGGCCUUUAGUGUGGAAACGCAUAUUUGGCCUGAUGUGCGAAAGUUGACCUUUGGAAGAGAUUCGUGGUUGCCGCGUAUUCUAGUAUCAUUCAUGUUUUGUCUAUAACCAGCCCUAAAGCCAUGUUAAGCCUCUGUCUAGCAGCGAGCCUAGAGUCUCUUGUUUUUAUAAGUUCAUGAUUACUGAUUCCGUCGUCUCGUCAUUGAACUGCACCACAUUUAUAACAGCCCUAUACAAUGUUUGUAUUUGCCACCUCUUGCGAUUUAUCUUGAACAUCCAUAAGAGAAUACGCUCAUGCGAACACAUUUAUAUCAUCUGUAAACG